CCACCAAAAACCCAACGAAGUCCACCAGGACCCACCAAAGACCCCCCCCCCAGAGCUCCCCCCGGCCCAUGGCCCGGCGCUGACGGCAGCACCAUGUUCAGCUGGAUGCGGCGACACGAGAAGAAGAGCCCCGAGGUGGUUCGCACCGUGACGGCGGGGCUGAAGGAGCUCUACAAGAAGAAGUUGCUCCCGGUGGAGGAGUUUUACCGUUUCCACGACUUCCAUUCGCCGGCGUUGGAAGACGCCGACUUCGACAACAAGCCCAUGGUGCUGGUGGCGGGGCAAUAUUCCACCGGGAAGACCACCUUCAUCCGCUACCUGCUGGAGGAGGACAUCCCUGGCGCCCGCGUCGGCCCCGAGCCCACCACCGACUCCUUCGUGGCCAUCAUGCACGGCGACGCCGCCGGCAUCACGCCGGGCUACGACUUCCCGGCCGUGCUGCAGUGGUUUGCGGAGCGCGUGGAUCUCAUCAUCCUCCUCUUCGACGCCCACAAGCUGGAGAUCUCGGAUGAAUUCUCCGAGGCCAUCCGGGCGCUGCGGGGCAACGAGGACAAGGUGCGGGUGGUGCUGAACAAAGCCGACAUGGUGGAGACGCAGCAGCUGAUGCGGGUCUACGGGGCGCUGAUGUGGUCCCUGGGGAAGGUGUUCAACACCCCCGAGGUGCUGCGCGUCUUCAUCGGCUCCUUCUGGUCGGAGCCGCUGCUCAUCGCCGACAACCGGCGGCUCUUCGAGCUGGAGGAGCAGGAUCUGUUCCAGGAGAUCCAGAACCUGCCCCGCAAUUCCGCCCUCCGCAAGCUCAACGACCUCGUCAAGAGGGCACGGCUCGUUAGGGUGAGCGGGGCUGGGGGGUGGGGGGGGGGUGAGGGGGGGUCCGCAGCCCCACGGGGUCCUCCUUCCCUGGGUGGGACGUCGCGGUGCGGUGGGAGCGGAGCCCCCCGUGCUUUGGUGGCACUGAUGGGGUUCUGACGCCUCCCUGUGGGACCACCAAGAGGGGACAUCGCGGCCCCCCCACCCACUUAUGGGACCGGGGGGGGGGUGGGGGACACUUUGGUCCCCUCUGUGCUUUGGUGGCACCGAUGGGGAUGGGGGCACCGCGGUCCCCUCUGUUUCGCAGCACCAAUGGGAUUUGAUGUCUUCGGGACACCCAUUCCCCCCAUCAGCACAAGGAGGGGAUCCCCCCCCCCCCCCCCCCCCC